UCGUAUUCCAGAAUAGGUGUAAAUUUCACAAGGCUGUGGAACUGGUAGUGGAGGUUUUGUAAGCAAUCGUGACGCCAUCUCUCCUAUAUAAUAAAUUUAAACUGCUAGCGAGUGACACUUUGUUGGUAGAGUAAAGUAACUAAUGGAUGAUAAAUAAUCAAUGUAUAUAGGUUUUCACAUAUUAUUAUUGUAAAUCAUUUUAUCAGUUACAUAGUGAUGAUCUGACAGAAUAAGCACAUUUUGCUUAUGGGACGCGACUAUAAAUUAAGGACAGUAUCUGUUAUAGAGAAACGACAACAUUAUUUGCACGAACAGGCAAACAAUCAUCAUCAGUAAUUAUGAUUAAAAUUAUAACAGAUUUUCUCCAUAAUACAAGUUUACAUGGAUGUAAGAAUAUUCCUGAACAGUCCAGAUCCAAGAUCAACAGAAUUAUAUGGAUGCUGGUCGUGCUUACCUUUGUUUGUAUAUUGUGGGUAUCAGUUGUCGGACUCUAUCAAGAAGUGGUGAAGUACAAAACAUUAAGUACGACCAAGUUUGAGCACAGAUCGUUUCUAGAAUUCCCCUCAAUUACAAUUUGUACACAGCCCUAUGAUACAAGUAAAUUAAAUCUCAGCCAGGCCCGGGAAUUUGAAGAAUUUAUGGUUGAAAAAGGUGUUUGGAAUACAUUAAAGAACCCUAAGGCAACCAAUUUAUCUGAUGUUAAUAUUACACUAGCGACAAGCUUGUCUCCCCCCUUUGAUAUUAAAGAUGUAUUUUUGGAAAUAACAUGGAACUUGAAGAGGUUAGACCCAUCUUCAUAUCUACAACCCGUAUCUACUCGCGACCCGGAAUGUGUAGGAUUCAACACUAAAGGAACAAACGAAACCUUUAUCUCAUCCUCAAUCGGAAUUUACACAGGACUUCGUAUCCUAGCCAACAUACAUCAAGACCGAGUCCUGGCCGGCCCUAUUCCUUCAUCAUCUAUUGAGGUAUUCAUUCACACGCCCAGUACUAGUUUUUACAGAUUAAAUAAAGGCAUACUUGUUGCUCCUGGUACAUCAACCUCUAUCACCAUGAAUACACACGAAUAUACCUUUCUACCAUACCCCCACAAGAUAACCGAAGAUGAGUAUUGUAUAGAUACAAGUUUAGACAAGAAUAAAGAUUACAAUAGACUGUCAUGUCGUGUAUCGUGGGUGGAAGAUAGAGUAAAAGAAAUAUGUAACUGCACUUUCGGCGAUACUACAAGCGAAUGUGAUGUCCAAAAAGUGAUUACAUGUUUUAACCCACAAUUUUCGGACUACUUCACAAAGUCAGAGAAUUCAAGCCUUACAAAGUGUCCACGACCUUGCAGAUUUGUCAUUUACGAUACUAAAACCAGUUUUUCUUACUUCCCUUCGGACUCCAUGUCACGUUACUUGGUGAGAAAUGGGAUAAUAGAUUCUGUCGACUAUGCCAGGCAAAACUUAUUAGAAUUGUAUAUAAACUUUGAGGACAUGGUUGUAUGGAAAACAGAAAGUAUAGCUGAAUAUAAUACGAUGUCAAUUUUAGGUAGUCUUGGAGGACAUAUGGGUUUAUUUGUUGGAGCAAGUAUGAUUACGGUUGUUGAACUACUGGAAACAUUAGUCUUCUUCUUUAUUGCCUUUGCUGUCAGAAUGGGUCGCCCUAGAAUCGUUGAACCAGCAAUACUUACUAAAACGAGUAUGAGCAAAAAGGACGAAAAUCUUUCAUAGAUUA